CUAACAUUACGACUUGGUCGUCCGAGUUGCCACAAGAGACAGCGGUUAUUAUUGUUGGCUUGGGUUUUUAUUGAUUUUCAAUUGUUUUCUAAAUUAGUAUCUAUAAUUUAUGAAUAAAUAAAAGCCUCCAUUACAAUGCUGUCCUUUCAAGACAAAGUAUUCUUCUACCUUUGCAUAUCGUUCGCCACAUUUAAAACAGUUUAUUCAAUAAACUGCUACCAGUGUUCAGGGACGGAUUCGAAUAAUCCUUUUCAAUGUAAUGAGUUUUUAGAGACCGAUGUCGAUUUACAACCUACCGAUUGUGCGACGAUACACAACGCUCAGUAUUGUAUCAAGCACGUCGGCCGGUUCGAAGGUCUAGCCAUAGAGUGUUACCAAUGCAACUCUUCAUCAUCUAUGGAAUGUGGUGACGGACUGAUGAACUUAGAUGGGGGUAUACUGAAGCCUACACCUUGUGACCAUGUGUAUAAUGCUCUAUAUUGCAUUAAACUAACAGGUGGUAUCAGCACAAAGAGGUUUUGCUCAUCAUUAGAUUUAGGUAAUUACUGCAACUAUGUACAACAGCCGGGUGACAAACUGGAGUACAGAACUUGCAUAUUUACCUGCGGCAGUGACGGAUGCAAUGCUGCGACAAACUUAAGUUUCUCUGUCCUUCCGUUAAUAUUACUCUUUGCAGCCACUUAUUUUAUGUACAAAUUCUAAUUGUAUACAAAACUGCGUACAUAGACUUUUUUUAGAUGUCUAAUAACAUUUUUUAUAUAGACCAGUGUUCUUGUAGCAGCUGACUUCAGUGCCUGAAAAUAAUGAUUGUACAUAGUUUGUGAUAACUUGAUAGUUUCUGAGCUAUUAUUUUUAUUUAAUGUUAUUUUUUCUGUGCAAUGUACCUAAUAUAAGUACUGAAUAUUUGUCCGUCCAGUAAAUUACAUUCCAAUUUAUAAUUAUAAUUAUGAAUUAUAAUAUAUGAUUUUUAUUAAUUCAGAAGAUAUUUCUACCUCUUUAUUGAUUGAAUCUCUUUUAGUUUCCGUUAUUGACUGACUAGCAAAUAAAAUAACUUUGUAAUGCAUACAUAUUUUAUACACGUAGGUACGUAUUUUUGUACAA